UCAUUUCUCCCACGCCAAACUUAAGGCUGCUGCUAUAAUUAGUGGCGGGUGGGAGGUAUAUAAGCCCCCAGUGAAGAAACCAAACUGCGGCUUCACACACUCUUCUCUUCUUCGAGGCUCUUACACUUCACACAUACCGUCUCAUAAUGGCACCCAAGAAGGCCAAGAGGAGGGCAGGAGGAGGAGAGGGUUCCUCCAACGUCUUCUCCAUGUUCGAGCAGAGCCAGAUCCAGGAGUACAAAGAGGCUUUCACAAUCAUUGACCAGAACAGAGACGGUAUCAUCAGCAAGGACGACCUGAGGGACGUAUUGGCCUCAAUGGGUCAGCUGAAUGUGAAGAAUGAGGAGCUGGAGGCCAUGGUCAAGGAGGCUAGCGGCCCAAUCAACUUCACCGUCUUCCUCACCAUGUUCGGAGAGAAGCUGAAGGGUGCUGAUCCCGAGGACGUCAUCCUGACCGCUUUCAAGGUGCUGGACCCAGAGGGAACAGGCAGCAUUAAGAAGACUUUCCUGGAGGAGCUCUUGUCCACCCAGUGCGACAGGUUCACCCCUGAGGAGAUUAAGAACCUGUGGACCGCCUUCCCCCCAGAUGUGGCUGGCAACGUGGACUACAAGAACAUCUGCUACGUCAUCACACACGGAGAGGAGAAGGAGGAGUAAAGACGGGAUGAAAGGAACAGCGCGGAGAACAGGAAGAUGAAGCGAUGACCCGCCGUCCCUCACUGCUCUGUCCUGCCAGUCUGUCCUCUGUCCCUCUUUUCUUUCCUUUCCUUUCUUUUGUUAAUCACCAGCACUUGUUCCCUCUGUGUCUCCUCUUCACACACUCCUCCAGAAAAGACUCGUCUCCUAGAGACUCCAAGAAGAAGAGCGGAGAGGCUAAUGUCUGUGGUGUCCGUCAGUGGGGAAAACGGGGUUGUUUUCAAUAAAAUGUUACAAUCUUUUAACAUCAUCUCCAUUUCUCCUUCUAGCUCUCUCUCUGUCUCUCUCUCUUGCUCACCACUCAUUUCUCCUCUUUCCAACCUUUUCUACCUUCAUACCUCUACACUCACUGUUAGGUGUCUCUUUCCAGCCUAGGCUGCAACAGCUAAUUAGGUAGAUCUGAAAGAGUUUGUUGUGCUCGUAUUCUUAUGUUCUCGCUCUGGGGAAUGCAAAACCAAAUGGAGGGAUCUCUUUCUACAAUAGAGGAAUCCAGAGACCCCCGUGUUGUGCUCCAGACCCUGGUGCUCUUCCUUCAGCAGUAGAAAACAAAUCUAAAACAUCAAAACGCAUGAGGAUAAGAAAAGGAAUGGCACCAUGAGAAAGCUCCGCCUCCUAAAAGUGAUGGCAGACUUUUCACUGAGGGAGAAAGAGAGAAAGAUGAAAACCCUGAAGAGGAAUGGAGAGCGGCGACAGAAAGAACCCAUUUCCGUCUUCUCUCCCCCUCUCCACUCCUCUGUUCCCCAUGUAUUUUGUGCUGUCCUCACCUGGGCUUCGCUUUGCUCUGUCACCAACUCUUCUGUAACCAAUAAAAAGAGAGAAUCUGUGAAUAAAGCAAUCUUAUCUUUCGUA